GGAUAAAAUCAGAAGUCUGAGGAAAGUAUUGAUGGUCUCCGUCGGCAACAAUUAGUGAGAAGAAUUCGUAAGUUCACUGGGCGGAAUUAAGAAUCUAACUAACGUGCACCUGAAGAGAGUGAGAAAGCGUCGCUUGUGUUGUGGACCAAUAUAAUAGCGUAGCACCAUGUGUUUCUACUAAUUACAAAUUGAAACGUGCCUGAAAGACUUCAUCCCUGAAAAUAAUUGACGAAUUGUUGAAAUAAGAAAGGAGUAAUAUGACGAUAAUGAAUAUUUUGUCAUCGGAUGAAGAAAAUUCGGCUAAGUCAAAGCAGAAAACAUCCAAAAAUUUGGCCAGCCCUAAAGUAGAACUUAAUCAACAGAAUAUUGUCCAAAGUUCACAAAAACGUAAAAGAAAGAAAAAGAAAGCAGCAAAGUCUGAAACAUCAUUCAGUGCUAAAGGAUCUGAAACUAACAAAGAGAAAUAUUUUCAUGUUGAAAAAUCGAUUGCUACAUCAUUUAGAUCGACAGAUGGUACUUCUUUCUCACUGUUGUCUUUGUUUAGUAAAAGUAAAACUUCUGAAGAUCAGGAAAAUGAAGAUGAACCAAUCGAAACUAGGGAACAAUAUGAAUAUUCCGAUGAAAGUAGUAGUAGUGAAGAAUGUGAUGAAACAGAGGUCAGAGGUCAACAACUCAAAAACACAGCUGCUGUCACAUAUCACUAUACUCCUACACCAGUAGGAACACCGAUGACGAUGGCGAAGACGUCUAUGCCAAAACCAGACAGAACCUUUUUCUUUAGCAGUGAUGAUCCUAGAUUGUCUGAUGGAGUUAAAUAUUUCCACCGCAAGCAUUCUGAAGAUGAAUUAUGGACGAAAUGGUCAUCAGGAUUUAAGAGAGAUGUCAGAAAUGUAAGCCUUUUCAGCUAUUAUUUUGGGGUCUAACAUUGAUUUUUAUUU